UCCACCGUAUGUGCGUCCCGGCAUUUGGACUGGUCCGCCGAACCUGGUCCAUACAAUAAUUUCACGCCUAUUCUUCCUCGUUCGCUCAUCUUGGAUUGCGGCGGACGGAUUAAAACAAGGCCCGUCGUACGCCGGACGCCAGUUGCCAAUCCCAAACCUGAAGAAGAGCCACUGUGCUAGGGUUUAGGGUUUCUUGAGCUCGUGCAGUCGUGCAAUCAAAAGGGGUCUUUUGUCCCCAGCCACCGAUUCCUGAUCGAGAAGAAUGGCGGAAUUAGGUUUACGUCUAGGGUUUCGAAUCGGUUUCGUCCAUUCAUCGGGCUUCGGGAGCGACCCCUUGUGGAACGCAGAUUAUUUCCCGCCGGCAUCAGUAAAGAUUUGCCUUUUGUUCCUUAUCUAUUUUCCUCUGCUUUCUUUGUCGAGGAAUUCUUUUGGAUUUGAGAUCAGGUGCCGGCCAUACAUCCAUUCUUCAACGGACCGAUCAAUAAAGUUGAAGAAGAGUGGGAAAAAAGAACACCAUUUAUGGAUGAAGAGAGAGUCAGCUGGGUCUGGGCAAAAAGCUCUCAAUCUUGUUCGCAUUGUUUCAAAGCUUCCAAAUGAAAAAGAAAUUAUCUAUGGAGAAUUGGAUAAGUGGACUGCCUGGGAGACAGAAUUCCCUGUUAUUGCGACAGCAAAAGCUUUAGAAAUUUUGCGAAAACGAAGACAAUGGUUACGAAUCAUUCAAGUUACCAAGUGGUUGUUAAGCAAAGGUCAAGUACUCACAAUGGGAACAUAUGACACAUUGCUACUGGCAUAUGAUAUGGAUGGAAGGAUUGAUGAGGCUGAGACUGUCUGGAAUAUGAUCAUUCAAACUCACACACGGUCAGUCUCGAAAAGGUUGUUUUCUAGGAUGAUCUCCUUGUACGACCAUCACCACCUUCCAGAUAAGAUUUUGGAGGUAUUUGCAGAUAUGGAGGAGCUGGGAGUGAAACCCGAUGAAGAUACUGUCAGGAGGAUUGGAAGAGCAUUUCACGAGUCAGGCCAACCAGACAAACAGAAGCUGGUUUUAGAGAAGUAUCAGAAGAAAUGGAAAUACAUUCAUUUUAAUGGGGAGCGUGCUAGAGUAAGGACAGCUGAUUAUUUGGUUGAAUAAUCACUUCUGCAAAGAAAUUGCAGGUCAGGUUAGAGAAUAGCCUGAUCGUUAUGCUUGGUCCAUGCCUAGUUUCAGACACUCGGGCAUGCUCUUUAAACAUCAGUUGCUUGCAAAUUGGAAAAUUAAAGUGCUAGAUUGAGCUUUUGCUAGUAUACUGGGGUCAUUGAUCAAUUAUGCAAUGGCCAUCAUAAGCCUUCUAUUUGUGAGAUAAAAUAGUCUGGAAUCCAUGUAUCAGGGAAAAAUAAAAGUGAUAGACAUAUCCGCUGCUUGCGUCUUCUGUUGAAAGCGUUACAACACGCCCCAAAAGCAGUUAGCUUAUUGGCUCAGUCUCAAGUCCGACUCAGUUAGGAAGUUCUCAGGAUUAUCAAGAUUGACCUCUUGAUGGUAUCUGUUGGUCUCAUGCAUGGAUAGGUUGUACAGUGGCUGAAAUGCCUAACCUUUCUCCAAAUAUGUAAGUUCUACCUGUUAGUCUAAAAUCAGAUCUGUCGUGUGGUGGUGUUCCUUUUAGUUUUUCCUAGCUGAUAAAUGAGCUUGUUUAUGUCUGAUAAUUGAACUGCCCCUGUGAGGUAAUGUAUUAGCACAGUGAACUAUGAUAUUCUUUUGAGUUUGUCUUC